AUGGCACCUCCACCAGUAAUAACGGGUAUUUCGCCAAAAGAAGGUCCCCCGGGUACUAGAGUUACAUUGAGAGGUGAAUUUUUAGGUACUAAAGCUCAGGAUCUUAUUGCGGAAUGGAAAUCUCAAAAUAAAAUAAUAGCUAGAUCAGGACCAUGUAAAGGACGCGGUGACAUAAUAGUAACAACUCGCAGUGGUGGACAAGGAACAUCAACGGUACAAUUUCGUGGUUAUCAUGAGACAAUAGGCCCAAUGAAAGAAUCGGCAGUUUGGGUCGAAGAAGCUCCAGUACAAAACUUCGUCUGGGGUAGGCGCGCGCUAUCACCAACUAACUAUCAGCAGGAAGAUCCAUUGGGGCUGAGCGUUGAGGGCAACGACAACAAAAAGUUUCCCGAAGAUGAACUAUGUGAGUUGUUCGGAGACAGUAAUGGUGAGUUGACAAGCGAUAAAUUCCAUCCCGGUUGGUUUUUACUCCAACACCACCACGCGACCACACUGGACGAUUUAAAAGCUGGACUUGCUUACUUGAGACGGAAAGUUAAUUCCCAAAAAGAAGGACAGUUGUCAUUUUUAAAGGCGAAUGUUGGCGCUGUGAUGGAACAACUCGAGACGAUUGUUUUGUUGAAAGAACAAUUUGAGCUGGAUGUCAAAAAAUUCGGCAAUGACCCAACAGCUAAACUAGAACAAGCGAUUCGCACGUCGAUGGCUGAAGCAAAUAAACUGUUUGACGAUGUCCUAGCCCGUAGAGAUCGUGCGGAUGCUACCCGCAGUGCCUUAUCAAUAAUGCAGCGUUACAAAUUUUUGUUCUGCAUGCCAAUAAAUAUUGAGAAAAACAUAAAGCGUGGCAAUUAUGACCUCAUCAUCAACGACUACGCGCGUGUUAAAAAUUUAUUCGGCAACACAGAUGUUGAAAUAUUUAAGAAGGUGUUUGUUGAAAUUGAAAAUAAAAUACAAGAGCUCCGGGACAUAUUGCGUAAAAAAUUAGAGGAGACACCAUUUGACGUUGAGACGCAGAAAAAAAUAAUAAGAAACCUGGUUAACUUGGAAGCUGAUGGAGAUCCAGCGUGGGAUGCAAUAGCUGCUCACGGUUCUUAUUUAGAUAAAAACAUAACCAGCUGUCUCAGUGAUUACUUUGGAUCCGAGGGUGCUUCUGGUGACGAUCCAAGCAAUAAAACGACUGGUAAAUCUAAUAAUGUAACUCCAAUAGCCGAUCGUCUUAAAUUAUACCGCAUGGAUGCAAACGCUAACGUACCGGCUCGGGUACUCUGCAUCGAAGCGAUUUGUGACGUGGUCACCGAACAGCUUCCAGAUCUUUGGCGACUAGGCCAGAGUUAUUUUUCGGGACAAUUGCACGUCGCUGUUGAUACUAAUAAGCAGAGUGCUUUUAAAAACUUGGUACUGUCGUGCAUCCAGCAUGCCAGCGAAGCUAUGAGAGAAUGCUGCGGCUCAAACAUGACUCCAGCUUGGUUGCUGCACAGUUUACGUUGUAUCCGACACAUGUAUACUGCGCUGAUUCAUCUAGAUUUACCAAGUGACGCUUUGGAUAUUUUUGGUAAAUUUUUAUUUGAUCUAAGACUUCAAUGCUUAGUAGCAUUAUUCAAACAAACUGCUGAAAAUAUCAGCGGAUUACAGUCAAAGGAAGCCUGGCAACUGGAAUACCUGGAUAAUUUAGACGGUGGAAUCACUAAAUUACCGGGUUUGUUUGAACAAAUGAUUAUGGAAGUCGCUGAGCUAGCACGGGAAACCGCAAUUGCUUGCGGAUUGCGUGAAGCACCACUGCUGGAGUCACCAACAUCUCAAGCGCUGUACCAUAACGCGGUGAGAAGUCUCUUUAUUGCUUUUGCUAAAUGCCUGAAACAACUGGCAUUCAGCGGGAGUGAAGAAGCCGGCGAUGAAGAUGAUCCCUCGGUGUCACAGCUAGUUGGUUCACCAGCUUGCUAUCGCAUACGUGACAACAAAUGCCGUGUAGAAACAACAACACCUACAUGGGAAAAAUGUUUGCUGAUAUCUUUAAGUAACAUACGUUAUACAUUGAAUAAUAUUUUACCAAAAGUUGUGAGUGCGUUGAGAGCACGCGGUUAUCCAGACUUGUCAUUAGCUGAUGGAUGGUCAGAUGAUUGGACGCAGCUUGAGUCUUUGGACACUGCGGUGCUUGAAGCUUAUCUUGAGAGACGCUGUGACCCUCUUGUUGGCACCAUCGAGCCUAGUAUGUAUCUAGGUGGCUUAGAAUGGGAUUCGCAAAUAGAACCCACACACAUACGUCCUUACGCUCAAGAAAUAAUAGCUAAUCUUAUCGCUGUUCAUGCUGAGGUAACUCGCGUCUCUCCUUGUCUUCUCAAACGUGUCUUGUCGCAUAUCGUUGAAACAAUUGCUGAAGAACUAGCACGGCUUAUGUCGUGUGUCAGGAAAUUUGGAACCAAAGGAGUCAUUCAGGCACGCACGGAUAUUCACUUAUUGAGAGAUACUUUGGAUAUUUAUUGUACUACUCGUGCUAGGAAUUUUUUCGAAGAAGCAUUGGAUGCUAUCGCAUUGCCAAAUAACGACAAGAUUGAUGUUACUAAGGUAGAAACACUUUUAAAUAAAGUCAAGUCAUCAAUGCAACUUCAGAUUCGUUGUUUAGCUGAAAGACCCAAGUCUCCAGACAUUUCACGUCAUAAUUCCAGUCAAAUCACUACUGUUAUGUAA